AUGGCAAAUUUAUUACUGAAAAAAGAUGGUAUUUGUAGGACUUGUCUGAAGGAAGCCGUUAAUUGCAAGUCGUUGUUGACUAAAAUGGAGAACGACGAUAGAACUGUGUGCGAAGUUUUAAGUUGCAUUACGAGCUUUGAUAUAAUUAUAAGUGAAAAAUAUCCCAAACAGAUAUGUAACGAGUGCUUUAUUAUGAUACGGAAAACUGAAGAGUUCAAGAAGCGUUGUAUUCAGUCAGAAACGUUAUUAAAAAAUGAAUUUUUAAACUGCUCCGUGUUUGUUGACGAUUUUGUAAAGCAAGAUCUAAUACCGAAUAGCAAUCUAUCCCCGUCUUUUAAUAAUGAGGAUACUUUAAGUAGUGUGACUGAUACACUUAAGAUUGACGUUUUGAACGUGAUAAAAAAGGAAAGAGAUGAUUUCUUACAAGAAGACAUAGAAGAUUUAUCUAAUACUAAUCUCAUUGAUAAAAUUGAACUGACUGAAACAACUCCUCUGAUUUGUAUUUCCAAAACUAUAUCUAGUGAUUAUGGCAGGGAAGAAAAAUUUAAUCACGAAGAAAGCACCACGAAGUGUGAAAAUUUAUUUGAUGUAUGCAAAAGAGAAAUUGCAUGUUCAGAAUUAUCAAAAACAGGUUCAAAUGCACAAAAUGUGUGUAACUUUGAGCAGAACUUUACAAAUGAUUGUAAUAUUAGCAAUAAGUAUGAAAUUAAUCAAGUAGAUAGCACAUGUAGUGAUUAUAAUUCCUCUACAACAAAAAUAUUUAACGAAGAUAUUGCUGUUAUAAAACAAAUAAGUAAUGAAAAUGAAUCAAGGAGUCUGGCAAAUAAACGGAAACCACUAAAACCAGAUGCAAUUGACGAAUCAUCAACAAUAUCAUGUCCUCACUGCACAUGGGUGCUGCCCGAUGUGAAAGCAUUUGAAAAGCAUCUAGAGAAGCACAGAUGUGCAAAAAAGAAAGAAUAUCAAUGCUCAAUGUGUUCUAGAAAAUUCCUAAGUAAACAACUAUUGAGGAAACACAUUAUCUCACAUCUAGAUAAAAAUGAUCAGAAAUUUGUUUGUACGACAUGCAAGAGAGAGUUCAAGCAUCAGGCACAUUUAGAAAAUCAUAUAGAAAAUGCGCACACAAAGAUAAAAGGCUUCAAAUGUGACACAUGCACUAAAAGCUUCUCCAACCAGGAAAGUCUAGAAUUCCACAAAAAACAACAUACAAAUACUAGGAAAUAUCAAUGCAAUGUCUGCAGCAAGACGUUUGCUGUACAUUCAGUACUCAAUGAACAUUUACGGACUCACACGGGAGAAAAACCGUUCCUCUGUUCAAUUUGUGGAAGAGGUUUCACACAAAAGACGAAUUUAGCACAACAUAUGAGGCGGCAUCAGGGUUUGAAACCAUACAAGUGUGGUAACUGUGAUAGAAGUUUCGUAUCAAAAGGCGAACUAGAUGCUCACACUCGCAAGCACACCGGCAAACAUCCGUUUGUAUGUGAUGAGUGUGGGAACGGCUUUACAACAUCCAGUUCAUUAACAAAACAUAGAAGAAUACACACAGGAGAGAAAAGAUAUGCGUGUGAUCUGUGUUCAAUGAGAUUCACUGCUUUGGGUACUUUGAAGAAUCACAGAAGAACACAUACAGGAGAAAAGCCAUAUCAGUGUAUGUUAUGUGAAAAGGCAUUCAUUCAACGGCAGGAUCUUGUUGGUCAUAUAAGAUGUCACACCGGAGAGAGGCCGUUCACCUGUACGAGCUGCGGGCAAGGAUUUAGGAAAUCAUCGGCACUGAAAGUACAUUUAAGGAGUCAUGGGAACGACAUGCUCGUUAUGUGA